AUGUGCAGCGGUAUGGGGUAUGAGAAUGAGAGUAAAGAAGGGCGGCGUUGGGAUGUUAAUGAUUUGCUUGAAUUUUCAGCUGCAGAUGAUGUGAUUGGUUUCAAAGAUGCGGUCGAAAACGAGAGUUGUGAUGUUGAUGAGGUUGGUUUGUGGUAUGGGAGAAGGGCUGGUUCGAAUAAAUUGGGUUAUGUAGAGAGGACUCCUCUUAUGGUUGCUGCUAUGUUUGGAAGCGUGAAUGUAUCAGCAUAUAUUCUUGGAACGGGUCGCGUUGAUGUUAAUCUGGGUAGUGGAUCGGACGGUGCUACUGCUCUUCAUUGUGCGGUUGUUGGCGGUUCUGCGGCUUCUGCUGACAUUGUUAAGCUUUUGCUUGAUGCGUCGGCGGAUGCUGGUGCUGUUGAUGCCAAUGGUAAACGCCCCGUUGACUUGAUUGUCUCGGUGGGGAAUUCUAUCUUUGAUUCGAGAAAGAGAAUGCUGCAAGUUCUACUGGAGGGUACGCGCGGCGCUGAUCAGACAUGUUUUAUAUUUCCGGAGACAAUUGACGGUGUUGAUGAGUAUCAAAGGCAAGAUUUAAAUUCGCCUCGUUUGUCAAAAGAUUAUCCUCUUGAUCUUUCUCUUCCUGACAUAAAGAACGGAAUAUAUAGUACCGAUGAGUUUAGGAUGUAUACGUUCAAAGUGAAGCCUUGUUCAAGGGCGUAUUCUCAUGAUUGGACCGAGUGUCCCUUUGUUCAUCCCGGGGAAAAUGCAAGGCGGCGCGAUCCAAAGAAAUAUCCUUAUAGCUGUGUCCCUUGUCUCGAGUUUCGCAAAGGAUCGUGUAGCAAAGGGGAUUCGUGUGACUAUGCUCAUGGCAUUUUUGAGUGCUACCUUCAUCCUAGGCAAUAUCGUACACGUCUUUGCAAGGAUGAGAGCUUGUGCACAAGAAGAGUUUGCUUCUUUGCUCACAAGAAUGAGGAGCUUCGCCCCUUGUAUGCUUCUACCGCCUCUGCUAUUCCGUCUCCGAGGUCAUAUUACAGUAGCGCUUCUGCAUUAGAGACGGGUUCUCUUAGUCCUACCGCGCUUGGUUCUCCGUCUGGUUUGAUGCCGCCCUCAUCAACACCGCCUUUGACUCCAUCUGGUGCGUCUUCUCCUGUUUCUGCGGCAGCCAUGUGGCAGACACAGUGCAAUGUUCCGAUCCCUACCCUUCAGCUUUCGAGAAGCAGGUUGAAUUCGGCAAUAACUGCUAGAGACAUUAAUUCAGAUAUUGCAAAGCUUACGGCUGAAAAUCAGCGGCGAAGCCAGCAACUAAUGAUGGACGAGAAAUCCAGUCUUUCCUCACCUUCCAACUGGAAAAACUCCAUGCCUAACAGUCCAUCUUUUCCGGUUUCAUUGAACGAACAUACUACUGGUGAACUAAACUGGUUUUCGGGGAUGAAGACUAACAACCUCGAAGACAUUUUCGGAUCAUUCCAUCCUUCAACAUUGCAUAAAUUCCACGGAAUCUCACUUGAUGCUGCAGGAACUCAGUUACAAUCUCCAACCGGAAUCCAAAUGCGUCCAAAUAUAAAUCAGCAACAGCAAAAUUACUCUCCCAGUGUGAUUGGAUCGCCGACUAGAUAUGACCUAUCCGGGGAGUUAUCUGCAGCGGCCUUAUAUUCAAGAGCUGCCGCCUUUGCCAUGGGGAGCCAAAGCUUCAACGAACGCAGCGUGGCAAAUCGUCAUUCCGAGCAUCUUUCUCCUGUUAAUCCUUACCCAUUUUCCAACUGGGGAUCACCCGACGGAAAACUGGAUUGGAUCAUACAGGGAGAAGAGCUGAACAAGCUGAGAAAAUCGUCUUCUUUUGGAUUUCGAAGCAGCAACACUCCUCUAUCCACAACUGCAACUCAAGAAUCGGAAAACGACAACGAACCGGACAUCUCUUGGGUUAAUUCACUCGUGAAGGACGCUACGCCGCAGGAAUCUAGCCGGUUUGGCGAUGAAAAUCAGAAACGGAAACUGCAAAACAAUCUUAACAACGGAAUGGACGCGAUUCCGGCUUGGUUGGAGCAAUUGAACAAGGAUCAAUAA